GAAUACGCCCUUAUACUUUACUGGAUAAUUAAUUCCGUUAAUUGGCUUAAGUAUGCGCAAGCGCGCAAUCAAAAUAUGUAAGACCGUGGUACCGAUCACCAAUUCUGCGGUCCGAUUCAUGCUCACAGCGCUGAAAGCAUAUUGCUCUAUCUUCGGUUGAUAUUCGAUGUGCAACAAAGACAGAAUGAUGCUUACAGCGCUGUGAGUGUGAAUCGGACCGCAGCUCUGGCUUCAGCUUUUAAUAUGGCGGAAUCCACGGAAACGAUAAUCGCCCGCGCUUUUUCGCGCGACCGUGAUUUUUUGACACAACAGUGUAUAGAUAGUGUAAAAAUCUUGUGAAUGUGAACAUAAAGGACACACCCCACGACGUACUGGCGACGUACUCGUUUUACACUACAUUGUUUCUAUAUUUGGCAAUUAUUAAUAAUGGCAAAAGAUUUCGCUGUCGUGACUUUUUCAAGCGAUGGAAAUGAUGAAGAGGAAAUCGUAUCAGAGGUUCCAUCUUUAUGGCUUCGCUCUAAUUUGACAGAAUGCUGGUGGCCAUCAGUAAAAAAUAUAAAUACAUUUAUCAUAAAACAAGUUCCUCCUGUUAUUAAUGAUCCUAAGUGGUCAUUUUAUCCCAUUCAAUUUCAUGGAUAUUAUGAUUCAUUAGAUCAAGCUAGACAGAAGGCAACGAACUAUUCGUCAAGCGAUGAUAAUAAUAUAAAUGAAAUAAAGAAGAAGUCACGUACGUCAUGCAGAAAACAGUUGCAAAAACCUAUUGCUUCUGAGUCUGAUACUGAUUCUGAUUUAGCAUCAGUUAUACCAAAUCCGCCAAAUCUUACAGAUAAAAAUGUCUCAGUUAUACCAAAUCAGUCAGCUCUUACAAAUGAAGAUGUCUCAGUUAUACUAAACCAGCCAGAUCUUACAAAUAAAGAUGUCUCAGUCAACAAACUCUCAAAUGUUUUGAAUUUUUCAACUGACAAUGUGGAUUUUGACAUCCUUGAAGGAACUUUAGUAUCGAACAAAAGCAUACAGGAAUUACAUAACUUAAUGAUAGAAAUGUCCAAUAAAAUGGAAGAAAAUUUCCAAAGAGUAUAUACGGCUCUAGCUAAUGUUUCAGUACGAAUACAAGAUCUGGAGGCUCGUUUAAAAGAAGUAGAAAAACAAAUUAAUCAACAUAAGCCUGAAGCACCUGCUGAUUUGGGUAUAUUAAAUAUGCAACAAUCUCUUCCGCUUAAAAGUAUUGAUGAAGUCACAGCUUUUGAAAACCGUUUAUCACAAAAUGCAGAUGAGUACAACAAAUUUAUGCUGUGCAUAUCUCGCAUAGGCGGAAGAUCCGCUAAGGAAAAUUUAAUUCGUAUAUAUCGAACUAUAUUUUCCAAUGAAGUUGCUAAACAAUCGUCCUGGAAAGGAUUACGUAAUCAUUUUAAAAUCAGUAGCUUAAACUCUAUUUUAAUGGCAAUACAAGCAACAAUUUUGGCUCAACAUCAAUUCACAAACAAAGAGUUUGAAGAUAUCACAAAAGAAUGGUUUCGCCAAGGUGGUCAAAGGCUUAACAGACAACAAAAAGAUCCCGAAGAGAUGAAUCCGCAAGCCAUUUAAAUGCCUCAGAAGUUUUGAAGCUCAUAAUAUAGUAUUUUUUUAUUAUAUUUUUUUCUUAUAUUACCCAACCUAUGUAAGAUUCUUGAUU